AUGACAGAUGCUGUAAGUUCUUUAACAUCAGAACAAAAAGAUUGGGUGAAACGGAUGGGAUUUAAAGCAUUUUUGAAGAUCAACAUUAAGAGUAUUCCCUUAAAACUUUGCCAUUUUGUGCUUAAGCAUUAUGAUGAAGGCACAAACAGUAUUCUGAUUAAAGGAAAAAGAAUAAAGAUCACAAAGGAAAAAAUUCAUAAAGUGUUUGGUUUACCCAAAACUGGAAAAAGCUUAUUUGAUUUGGACAAGGUUAGUGAAGAUCAUCAAGUGUUUGAUGGAUGGAUGAAUGAACUAAAAGACAGAAAGGCAAAUGCAACAAACUACAAGAAGAUUAUUCAAAAAUCCGAACAAGUGGAUAUGAAUUUCAAGCUGGGUUUCAUAGCUUUAUUUGUUAAUACGUUUGCAGAAUCCCUUCCUAUGGGGACAAACAACUUAGUUCCAGUUAGAGCACUUGUUGAACUAAUUUACUGUGAUGAUAUUGAAUGCAAGCUCCAAAAAAUAGAACGUAAAACACCAUUAGUUACGAUGUGGAUAGCAGAUAAGUUGAAGGAAAGACAAUCUUUUGAGAUUGAAGCUGAUGGAUUUGGGGUUGGGAAUCUAAUCGAACAAAGUUCAAAUUUAGAACUUGAGAAGAAUGAAAAUCAGGAGAGAACUGAAGUCAAAUCAGAUAGAGAUGAAGAGCUUAAUAAAACAAACAUUUCUGAUUCUGAUGAUGAUAAAGAUGAAGGAAUGAAUACAAAGUUGGUUGCAUUUUUAGCUGUUAAACCAUUACAACAGAAGUUUCCAGAGAAUGAAGAAACACAAGAAGAAGAUCAAGAUAUGAAUGUUGAUGACCGAAUAAAUUUGGGUUUUGAGAAUAAUAUUGGCGAGGAAACGAUUAGACAUCCGCAUAAUCCAGAAAGACAAAUAGAAUUUGAAGGCAUAAAUGUUGAUAACAAAAUAAAUUUGGCUUUAGAGGGAGGGGAUAUUGUAGAGAAGGUGGUUGGAGACAACAUAGGUGAGAGCUCAAUUGUUACACCAAAACACAAUCCAAAAGAAACUGGUGAUAAUUCUGAGGGUAAUGAUGAAGAUGGAGAAUUAGAAGGGAAUGAAGAGCAUAUUUUAGAUGAGAAAGGGAAAAAGGGUCAGAAUGUGAAUGAAAGAGGGAAAAGGAAGGUGACUAAUCCAUAUAUUUUUAGAUCACCUUUUGUGAAUAGGGUAAUUGACUUAAGUGAAAAAGUCAGUACUGAGCAAGAGAUAAUGGCGCAAAUCAUGUUUAGAUGCAUUGCAGACAAAGAUCCAAUGGAAAUGCUGUUUGAAACUGAGUCUGGAGACAUAAUGGAUAGGGUGCAUUUUGAGGGUAUGCGUCCAAAUCAUAAGAUACAUCCUUUCGUUAUUGAUUGUUGGGCUGUUGUUCUUAAUUUUGAAGAAGAAAACCUGAGAAACAAAAAAUCACCACCACGUGUCUUCUUCAACACUCAAAUUAUGACAAAUGAUGAUGGUAUAUUUUUGAUGAGGCAUAUGGAAAAAUACAUGGGUGAGAAAGAAGAAAAAUGGGAUGUGGAACUGGGAGAAGAAAGUGUUAGGACAUCUAAAAAGAUUGCAAAGUUGCGUACAUUUUAUGUUUCUAAGCUAGCAAACCAUCAAAUCAACAAGCAGAGAAAAUUGAAUGUUACAGAAGCAUUGGAAUUUUCAAAACUUGAUAAGAAAACUAGGUGCAUGUUGGUGAAAGAAGGCAGUGAAGCAAGAGACAAUUUGGAAAUGAAGAAAGUUUGA